UCAUUAGUGGCGCGCCACUCUAUAGCCAACCCCUCUGUUCUUCCGUUUCCUGGGUCGAGGUUUUCGAUUGGCCCAUCCUUUUGCGGCCAUUAGAACGGCUUCGGACGUCUCGACGAGAAUGGCUUACCGUGGACAGGGACAAAAAGUGCAGAAAGUGAUGGUGCAGCCCAUCAACCUGAUCUUCAGAUAUCUUCAAAAUAGAUCACGGAUCCAAGUGUGGCUUUAUGAGCAAGUGAGCAUGCGCAUCGAAGGUUGCAUCAUUGGAUUUGAUGAAUAUAUGAACUUGGUGUUGGAUGAUGCAGAAGAAAUCCAUCUAAAAACAAAGUCUCGGAAACAACUUGGUCGCAUCAUGCUGAAAGGAGACAACAUCACACUGUUGCAAAGUGUUGUGAAUUAACAGAAUGAAGUUUCCUUCCCUUAACUUUUUUUUUCUCAUUAUAUAUGAACUAGUUAUCCUGUUUUUAAACAAAAACACUAUAGACUGUUUGUUUUUGUAGUUGCAUGUGCAAACUUGUUUUUGAUAAAGAUUUUCAAACUGUCA